AUGACGAAUAUUCCACCAGGAGCGACGCUGGCGAGAGAUGACCACGUCGAUUUGAGUGUAUACGCUAGUUUACCAGCCCAAGUUAGCCAGGCACUCGUCAAUACAGAUUUAUACACAGACGCUGUGAACUCAUACAUAGACUCUGCGUCUGGAUUUGCGUAUGUUUUAACACAGCGUGAAUGCUUCGUAUGGAAUUACGCCAAACGUGCUUUGUUUAGCCCUACAGCUUAUGUAUUCCCGUGUCCAUCCGCAAUCCACAGUUCUGGAGAAGCAAACUUAGGAUCCUCUUAUACGCUCCCUGCAGCGAUACUCACUUCACCCGCUACCAGUCGCGAGCCAGGACUCCUACUUAUAUCUCCAAAUGGUGUUUAUAGAUUUUGGGAACACGUCGGUAUGGCUCUCUCAGGUGUAGACAAGUUCAUAGAAGGUCAACUCAACGACUUAUCCGAUGGUGAAACUGUAACUGGAUUAUUUGAAUCUGAUCCCUCACAUUACAUCUUAACGACUUCAUUAACGAAUCUAAAGCAUGUCGUUUUGGCUCCUUCUCAAGGUCGUUUAUAUCCAAUUAUCAGACCAUUUCCACGCACGAGGGGUGUCUUUGCAAGAUUGUUCUCAUCAGGCGCUUACUCUACAUCUGAACAAUUUGCUGCACUCACACUCUCACAACCUGAUUCAUUCGGUUCAAGGGACUUGUUUGCUAUCGGAGAAAGAUCUGUUCAAGUUUGGUCAAUCGGUUACGCAUCUGCAGCCGCAUCUUCUAGCAAUGCCUCUAAAUUUGUUGGCCAAUACCAUAUUCGUGACGCCAUAGCCGAUAGAAUUAUACCUGGUAGCGGUUUUGAUAUUCAUAAAGCCAGACUAUCAGUAUCAAUGUUAGACGGUGCAGUCACCAAGGAUGGUAAAUUGGCUGUCUUGGUAUCGUACAUCACACCAAAUAAGGAAACGAACGAUAGCGACCAACUUCAAUCGUAUGCUCUCUGUUUGCUUGUUCAUACGCAAGAUCCUACACAACCUUGGAGUGUUGAAAAGAUUCAAGAAUUGAACUACCAAGCUCACUUAGAUCCACGUCCUUAUUCUAUACCAAAAUUGGUAGUUUAUGAAGGUGGACCUGCUUUCUUUGUUGUCUUCUCUGACGCGAUCUUGAUCUCAACAUUAGUUGAAAGUUUGAAAUACUCAAUGUUGUUACCACUUCAAUACCCACUCAAUAACAAAUUUAUUGGCUUUGGUAUAACCAAUGAUCCAACACGUGCAUUGGCUUCACCAUCUAAUUCUCAAGUGUUAGAAUCAACGAAAGCAUCUAUUUAUACAUUCGCUGUUUAUGGUGGUAUAAUUUCAACUCAACUUGACUUGGAGAAGUUGGAAGCUGAUAUUAAAAAACAAAUCGAUCCAACUACGAGAUUAACCAGUAGGCUGAAGAGCAGACUUGAACAAGCCAUUUUCUAUGGUGAUAAGCAAGAUAAUCCAAUCUCAUUUGCUAUUCCUAAUGGACACGUUGAAGGUGACUUGCAAGAAGCUACUAAAUCUGUCAGUAAGGAUAUUCUCGCUAGUAGAUCAACAAAUAUGCCGGUUAUUUUGGACCUAAGAGCUCAAAUCAAUGAUAGAGCAGUAAGAUGCUACAAACUUAUUCAAUUUAUCAGUGAGAAUGGUUUACUGGGCAAGCUCGCUCCUAGCACUCGUAGACAACUUUGCGAUGAUGCAGAGAAAUUGGUAGCUGCUAACGAAUUAUGGUUACAUGAAAACUCAGAAGAAGCUGGUACUGAAGGAUUGCUAUUGGCUUCCGUAGAAGCGUACAUGAGUGGUUCAAAAGAAGUAAAUGAAGACAUUGUCAGAUUAUUCUUCAGAACGAAGGUUAAGGAUAUUGGCGUACUUAUAGAUAGAAUGAAUGCAUUGGUAAUUGAAUAUCUCGAAUCAAACCCAGGUAUCGAAAAGAGAUCCAAGACUAUUAUAGAAUCAAACAGAUAUAUUCUUGCAACACUUUCACCAUCAUUCAAGCUACGUCAGCAGCAAUCUGAAAUUUACGGGUUGGAUAAGUCAACGAGAGGAUUUGAAUCUUGGAUGGCGAAAUCUGUAAUGUUGAACGUAUUAGAAACCACAUACGAUCGCACAAAGAAAUUGUUAAGGGAUAGAUCAAGAGAGUUGGGAUCAAGUAUUGAUGAUAAUCCAGAAGACUAUCAAAAUGCACCAAACACUAAGACAACCCAGAAGUUACUCACUAGACAAUCAGAACAAGAAGAAUUACGCCAACAACUCUGUUCAAUUGCUGAACUUACUAUCGAAUCGUACGAAGAUCGUAUCGAAUAUCUCAAAGCAUCAAGCAAAACCGAAAAAGAAUUGGCGGUAUUGUUAGAGAAGUUCAAUGGCAAUCUUCGUCCAUCUUUGAUCCACCCAUUAGUCACUAUCGGUAAAGCUGAUUUCGCGUUUGAUUUAGCAGAGAACCAUCGUGCAUUUAGUAUACUCACUGAACUAUGCACAGAUGUUAAUGUCGGCAGUAUGGAGCGUAUAAAGUACUACCUUGACAUGUACAAAGAGCAAUUCGGCUUCGAGUUGUACAAGUGGUAUGUUGAGAAUGGCAAAUUAUGGACUCUUUUCCAACAUGAACAGCCAUAUGGUGAUCUAUUACAAGCUUUCUUCAAGCAAAGUGAUAAUGGACGUUUUGCUUGGAUGCAUGAUUUGUCUGCUGGCAAAUACAUCGAUGCUUCACAAACCUUAAUCAAAGAGUCAUCAAAAGAAACUGAAUUGGCACCAAAGCAUCUCAUACUCAGUUUGGGCAAGCUUUCACAUAUUGCACAAUUAGACCUUGAUACGUUCGAGAGCACUCAAGCUCAGCAAGAUAUUGAAGCGACUGACGAUAAACUUGAUUUGAUAAGUAUACAUGGAAAGCUCCUCGAAUUGUUUGGCACUCAGUUAUCAGAAACAGGUGAAAACAUCGACAUGUUGGACUUAGAAGAAAAAGUAGCAAAGAUUACAGAUGUGGUAGCAUCUAGAUUGAAUUUACCAAAUUUGAUCAACCAUUUCCACAAUUUAAUUAGAGGUUUAUAUAAUGGCAAAGCUCUCAAUGCUGAAGAUUUGGUCGAUUUAUUAACAUUGAAGGAUAACUUCUUGGAGCAAGUGACAGAUUAUGCAUCAGCGAUUGAUGUAUGCGUGAGAGCAAAAGAUGUACCGGAUAGGAGAGCACAUUCAUCACUCAAGUCAAUUUGGAGAAGGGUUUACUUGCGUGAUGAUUGGCCAAUGCUUAACAACACCACUGGUAUGAAUGAUAACGAGUUGGGAGAUAACCUCCGCCAAUCUGCUUUAUAUGCUACUAUUCAGUUGGCAUCCGAGAAUGAUCACCCAGAAGCACUUUUCCUUUCACCAAAGAAGUCAUUUAACAAGUUAAGCGAGAAAGAUCUCAGCGCCCGCUUCCCCUCAUUACCACAAGAUGAAGUUGCUGCUAUUUUGAGUGAUCUUCAGGAAGAAAAUGCAAGAUUGGAAUCACUAAUUAAGAACAAUAAUCUCGAUAAUUGGUACAAAGAGGUUUUAAGAUUACAUUCAGAAGAUCAUCCAAAAUAUCAAGUAGCAAAAGAUGAACAAGAACAAGAGAUGGACGAAUCAUAA